GACUUAUACAUCUGUAUAUCAAUUCACAUUUUCAUACAACUCUUUCCAUUUUCCUUUGUUGCUUCUUACAAGCAACAUUCAGCAUCAUUUAAUAUCCAUCGUCUGUUCUGUUCUUCUCCCCUAUAUAAAUCACCAUCCCGUAGUAACUCCCACCUCAAGCACUUUUCCUUUUCUUCUUUCUUCCAUUUGCCUAUCUUCUCUUCAAUCAAUGGAGAAGUCUUUUUUCUUAGUAGCCCUUUCCCUUAUUCUUCUUUUCUCUACUGUUAAUAGCUUGGGCUUUGAGGAGAAAGAUCUUGUGUCGGAGGAAAGUUUUUGGGACUUGUACGAGAGAUGGCGAACCCAUCAUACAGUUUCUCGGUCUAUUGAUGAGAAACAUAAGCGUUUCAACGUGUUUAAAGAGAACGUGAAGUACAUCCAUUCAUUCAAUAAGAAAGAUGCACCAUAUAAGUUGAAGCUCAAUAAGUUUGGGGACAUGACUAAUCAUGAAUUCCGGAGCACUUAUGCAGGAUCCAAGGUUAAUCACCAUAGGAUAUUCCGAGGGAGUCCAAAUGGAACCGGUAGCUUCAUGUACGAGAAGGUGACCAACAUCCCACCUUCCAUUGAUUGGCGACAGAAGGGUGCAGUCACAAAUGUCAAGGACCAAGGACAAUGUGGGAGUUGUUGGGCAUUUUCAACAGUUGUUGCUGUUGAGGGAAUAAACCAAAUAAAAACCAAGAAGCUAGUGUCUCUAUCCGAGCAGGAGCUCAUCGAUUGCGAUAACACAGAUAAUCAAGGAUGUGAUGGAGGUUUAAUGGAAUACGCAUUUGAGUACAUCAAGAAAAACAGAGGUAUAACUACAGAGGAAAAUUAUCCCUACACCGCAGUAGAAGGGACAUGCAAUUUAUCAAAGGAGAAAUCUCGCGUAGUGGUGAUUGAUGGGCAUGAGAAUGUUCCUGAAAACGAUGAGGAUGCAUUACUGAAAACCGUGACGAACCAACCUGUAUCAGUGGCCAUAGACGCUAGCAGUCAGGAUUUUCAGUUCUACUCUGAGGGCGUCUUUACUGGAGAUUGCGGCACGGACUUAGACCAUGGUGUGGCGAUCGUGGGCUAUGGGACAACUGUGGAUGGGACCAAAUACUGGAUAGUGAAGAAUUCAUGGGGAAGUGACUGGGGAGAGAGAGGUUACAUAAGAAUGGAGCGUGGAAUCUCAGAUAAAGAAGGGCAGUGUGGUAUUGCUAUGGAGGCCUCAUAUCCCAUCAAAUCAUCUGCAAACCCUCCAGAGAAAAAAGCCUCCCACACCGUGGAUGAGCUUUGAGAUAUCAUUUGCAUAUCUCUACAUAAAUCAUCUUGCGUCUAUCUUUAUAGUUACUGUGAUUGAUGCCUCACAUCUCACAAAUGCUUGAAUUUGUCUCUUUAUGUACUUUUUCUUGAAUAUAUGUGGAUCAAUAAAGCUAGUUGGCUGGCAAUAA